AUCGUUCUCUCUCUCUCUCUCUCUCUCGCGGACACGCACGGAGGCACGAAGAGAGAGAGGAUGGCGACGACGCUUUUCGCAGCUCCGCCGUGUCACCGCCGCCCUCUCUCCCGCCGCCAUUGCUUCAGCGGCGGAGCUCCGCGGUUGGAUUCGUGGGGGCCGUCGAGUCGCGUCCGUCGUGCUCCUAGCAAGCUCAAUUUCUCCGCCUCUUCUUCUACUCCGACUUCUUCCUCCGUCGUGGAAGAUGGCCUCCCUCCUCCGCCGCCGCCGCCGCCGCCGCCGUCUGACCCCGCUCCUCUCCGGCCGGCCUCCGCCGUCGAAGGCGGUGACGUCGCUCCUCCGAGGGGUUGCAAGGCCUGUGGGAGAGAGGAACUAGAGAGGGGAUGCAAUGGAGAGGGGAGGAUACAAGGUGGCAUUGCGACAGUCCCAGGCUUUGGUUGGUGGCCAAUAAAGGCUUACAGGCCUUGUCCUGGGUUUGUAGCAUCUGGCGGUCGAUAUCGCCGGCAGGGGCAAAGCAUGGAUGAGGUUGCUUUUGGAAGAGGCGGUUCUGCAUCUGGUGAUGAAUCUGACUCAAGGUAAAGUUCUUGAAGCAUCAGCAUGUUUCAAACUGGGUAAGCUACUGAUGAAUUCUGCAGCAAGAAAGGGCGAGAUCGGAGGAAAUUCAAUAGAUGAUACUUUCCCAUUCACGAUAGCCAGACAAGUUCACAAUCCUACUGGCCUCCUGGGACACCUGGAAAGCCGGAAGAGAAGUGAAGGGAUGAAUGCAUAUCAUCUGUCCUCAUCUUAGCUACGUCAGUUUCUGAUGCUUGGACUGCAGGGUGCGGUGAUGGUCAAUGUAUCUUUCUUGUUAAGUACUUUCUUUUGGUUGCACUUAACAUCAACAAAUAUACACAUUACCUCUGAGUCUUGAAUGCUUUCAACUGCUCUGCUUCCAGCAAACGAAAUAGAACAGCUCCGCAAAGACUGCAAAUAAUGUUGUACCUCAUUCCUUGGAUGGUCGAUCAAUAUUGGAGUAAAAGAAACAAUAUAAUUGAAUUUGAA